UGUAUCACGAUGGUCUCCCAACGUAUCUUUCGAGUGAUCUCGAAACUAUUCAAAGACGAGCAAUGCGAAUCAUCUACCCCACAGAAUCUUACGAAGAUGCCCUACUAUUAUCAGGUCUAACUUCCCUAUUCCUACGGCGCCAACAGAUUACUAACAAAGUCUUCCUAAAUAUUAUGAACGAUGAUGCACACAAAUUACACGAACUACUGCCUGCUAAAAACAAUAUCUCGCUUAAUUUACGGAAAAAGUCGAAAUUCAAUAACCCAAGAGUAAAAACGAACCGUUAUAGAAAUAGUUUUAUCAUCAGUAAUUCAAUUAAGGCAUAAUUAACAAUAGUAUUAGGCAAUCUAAGUAUAAACACGAUCAGUUCAAGAACUGUUUUAAACAAUGAACCAUUUCAGAAAUAGUUUUUACCGUCGUAACCUAAUUUAGGCAUAAUUAGCAUCUAGGUAUUGUAUUUUCUAACUUGUACAUAUAUAAUGCAUAGUGGAAUUCUCCAACAUGUUUUAAGAUCCUCUCUUUUAUCAAUUCUUGUAAAUUUUACUUAAUUCAGCUUAUGGCUGCAAUGUAAAUUUCAAUAAACUAUCUAUCUAUCUAUCUAUCUACACCAUCUGACACAUUUCGACCAUUAUACACCGUCAUACACCAUCUGACAACAAUCCAACACAUAUUUCCACCAUCAUACACCAUCUGUACCAUCUUCACCAUCUGACAACCCUUCCCUGUAUAACCACCCUACACCAUCAUACACCAUCUGACACACUUCGACAAUCGUCCACCAUCAUACACCAUCUGACAACCAUCUGACACACUUCGACCAUCAUACACCAUCUGUAUCAUCUUCACCAUCUGACAACCCUUCCCUGUAUAACCACCCUACACCAUCAUACAUCAUCUGAUAACCAUGUUUUUUAAUGUGUUUGUGUCAAGGAGAUGAAAUAAAUUUGCAAGUGAAUACCAUUGUUGACACAAAUACUAUCAGAACUAAGAAAGCAACUGGUCUCUGUGUUGAAGAUAUUCAUGGGGAACAUCCACCAACUAAAGUCCAAUUCGCCUACGCCCGCGAUUGUAUUCCCGCUACUCAUUAUGACAUAGCAACACCCGAUGUCGCCAGACAAUGGGAACACUUGAAAGAAAUAGCAGACAAAAUUUAUUAUCAACCAAAUGUCGAGAUCGGUAUGCUAGCUCAUUGGAAGAAACGUUCCGACAACCUUUCAACCACUAAGUGUUAUCUGCGGAAAAGAUGAAGAACCGUGGGCCGAAGAGUACAGAUUUGGUUGGACAAUCAUUGGACCUGUUUGUUUAGACAAUGGUAGCCAGAAACCAGUCCAGCACAAAGCUUCAGUCAACCGAGUAUCCGUUCAAAGAGAGGAACUUCUGAGCUAUGGUUCAACAGUUCAAUCAACUGCAACAAUAUCAACAGGUGCGAAAAAUGACCACAGUUGAGUAUCCUUCAUCGCCAGCAACUCUAACAAGAAAGAUGUUACUAGCUAGUCCUCAGCAAGUUCGAGAGAUGAUGGAACUCGACUACAACGAAUUACAUUAUAGUCGAAAGGUUCGCGGCACAGAGCAAGUAGAGUCAUUAGAAGAUAAACGUUUUAAUGAUAUUCUCGAUACUCAGAUACAUAAGAAUGAGAAUGGAAAUUGGGAAGCGCCACUUCCAUUCAAAACGGACAAUGUCAACCUUCCUAACAACAAGGAACAGUGUGUUAAACGUCUUUUAUCGCUCAAGAGAAAGCUAUCCUUCGGAACGACACAGUCAAGAAAGAAUAUACAGAAUUCAUGAAAAAGAUUUUUGAUCGUGGCCAUGCAAGCUACAUACCAAAAGAACAGUUGCAAACAACACCAGAUCAAGUAUGGUACCUUCCACAUUUCGAUGUUCAUCACCCUAAAAAAACAGAACACAUCCGAGUGGUCUUCGAUUGCCGCGCAGCUUUCGACAAUCACUGCUUGAACAAGCUCUUGCUACAAGGACCAAAUUUGAUGAACAGUUUGAUCGGCGUACUUUUGAGAUUUCGCAAGGAAUAUGUCGCCAUUACCUGUGACAUUGAACAAAUGCUUCAUAGUGUUUAUGUUAUUCCCGAAUACCGCAAUUUCCUUCGUUUCUUGUGGUUUAAAGAUAACGAACUUGAUGGACAGAUAGUGGAAUGUCGAAUGAAUGUACAUCUCUUCGGGGCAACUUGUUCUCCUGGCGUCGCUAAUUUCAGUUUACGAAAACAGCAGAUGUUGGACGAGAACAAUUUGGAAAUGAAGCUGCAGACUUUCUCCAAAACGAUUUUUUCGUAGAUGAUGGAUUUACAUCUUUAUCAACCAAAAGAGAAGCUAUUGAUCUGAUUCAAACAACCCAA